CUACAUUGCCCACAAUGGACCGCGACUGCUCGCAUAGAAAUGGGGAAAGUACGGCGUAGUCACACAAUGCGAUCUACUUUCAUUUUCGCUUUUUAUGCUGAGUAACUGAGCACUUUCCGUGUUCUGCAAGGCGUCGAGUUACACAUUGAAAAACGCAUAUUUUCAUUGGUCUCAGCCGCUUUGGUCAAAGCUAAAACAUUUUUAUACGUCUAUCAAAAUAAGUUGUCAUCUGCAGAGUGGACAUGGCUUCUCCGGGUAUUCAGCUCGAGUCGAAGAAACAGGUGGAUGAAUUCUGUCAAACACUCUCCAAAGAGGCAGAGCAGCUGCUUUCUAAAUUUUUCCCUGAGAAGAUUGAGCAGCUGCAGAUGCUCCUGAAGACAUCUUUCAGCUGUGAUGACCUGGCUUCCCUGAAGGCUCCACUGGACAUUCCUAUACCAGAUCCUGCCAAAGAGGAGGCCAAGGAGGAGGCCAAACGCAAGAAGAAGGAGGAGUUGCAGAAGGAGGCGAAGGAGGGGAAGAAGGACAAAGACAGCGAUAAAGAGGAGGAGGAUUCAGGGCCUCCUUGUGGUCCCAUCUGUAGCAAUGAGAGAGUGGAGAGUCUUUUGAAUGAGGUCAAACCUGAGAUCCAGACUCUGAAGGAGAAGCUCAACACAGUGUCAAUGUGGGUGCAACUGCAGAUUCCCAGGAUCGAAGAUGGUAACAAUUUUGGAGUGGCUGUACAGGAGAAAGUGUUUGAGCUGCUGACCAACACGCGCACCAAGAUUGAAGCUUUCCAGACUCAGAUUUCAAAGUAUUACAGUGAGAGAGGUGAUGCUGUGGCCAAGGCCUCCAAACAGCCCCAUGUGGGAGACUACAGACAGCUGGUUCAUGAACUGGACCAGUACCAGUACAGCGAGCUCCGUCUUGUGGUCCUGGACAUCCGCAACACAUACGCGGUGCUGUUUGACAUCAUUAACAAGAACUAUGACAAGAUUAAGAAGCCCAGAGGAGACGGGAAAGCUCUCAUCUACUGAGACUGGCGACAGGCUUUCCUGGUUUUUUUUAAACAAGCUACUGCUACUGUUGUAUAACACUGAUUGAGUUCCAAAACACAUGUCCUGACAGAAAUGAUCUAGUUCUCUCGCAGUGCUGCAUGCAUUUUGUUUAAGAUUACAAAAAUAAAGCAACAAGAUUCUUGUAA